AUGGCUCCAGCUCCAGAUGAUGAUCUGUUCAUCGAACCAGCUAGUGAUGAGGAUGUAGUCUAUGGAGAUUACAAUUCUACGAUGGACGGCGCCUCAUCCUCAGGACCACGUCCUUACAUACGUUUAACGUCGCAAUUGAAGAAUGCGACCCGUGACGCCGGAGGAGAAGUUCGCUUACGAUGUGAAGCGAUCGGAACACAACCUAUUCAAUUCAGUUGGUUAAAAAACCAUGUACCAGUAGAGAAAUCCCGAAAAGUCAAGAUACGUCAGCGAGAAAACUCAUCCCGACUUGUAAUAACAGAGCUGGAUGUUCUUGAUUCGGGAUAUUAUCAAUGUAUAGCAACUAAUGCUGCUGCUUCAGUUAACACAACUAGCAUACUUAGAGUUAAUAACGUGCCGGAAGCGGCUUUAAAAUCUAGAAAAAUCGGUAAACCUCAGCAGUUGGACGAGUAUGAGGACUAUGAGUUAUCAGAUCGCGGACGUUUACCCGAUGAAGAAGACUCAGACCUCUAUCGAGUUCCGGACAGUGCAGGUGGAUUAGGUUAUAUGCCAGCUGGACCAUCAGAGAGAUGGCUAGAUGGAAUGAAAUAUGAAGGAGCUGUUUCAACCACUGAGAGUGGGAAAACAUGUUUGAAUUGGUCUGAGAGCAAGUCGAGGGAGUACAACUUCGAUCGCUAUCCCGAGCUCCGCAAUUCGAAAAAUUUCUGUCGAAAUCCAGGAGGGAAGAAGACUCGUCCGUGGUGUUUCUCGCAACCUUUGGGCCAGGAAGAAUACUNACCUUUGGGCCAGGAAGAAUACUGUGAUGUGAAGCAAUGUCCAAAGGAAAUGUAUCCUCACUUGGCUGAGAAUCCGAGAGACAACUCACCAUCGGCCGCAGAUACCAUUUCGAACAUGUGGGAUAACAUGUCAUCGCAAUGGCAGUUAGCUAUUGUUGGUGGAGGUGUUUUCUUCUUCCUGUUGUUUGUACUUUUCUUCUGUUGCGCUUGUUGCUGUCGCACAAAGAAAAAGAACAAAGGACAUCACGGGAAUGGUCACCCGAGCCAUCACAUGUCCGCACCGCCCAGUAUCGUUAAUAGUGCUGGGAACUCUACUUACUACCGAAAGUUAAAUGGAACCUCAACACCGAUUUUAGCACGUGGAGGUGCCGGACCAAUGGAAAUGACUUCGCUCUUACCCGGAAAUCAGUUAGGAAUACCACCACCGUACUGCGAUCCUCCGUUCUGUGCUCCACCUGAGAUUCCAGUCCAGGAACCAUAUCACAUUUUGGAAAUACCUAGCAGUCAGUUGAAAGUUUGUGACCUAAUCGGUGAAGGACAGUUCGGAAUGGAAGAAUACUGUGAUGUGAAGCAAUGUCCAAAGGAAAUGUAUCCUCACUUGGCUGAGAAUCCGAGAGACAACUCACCAUCAGCAACAGAUACUAUUUCGAACAUGUGGGAUAACAUGUCAUCGCAAUGGCAGUUAGCUAUUGUUGGUGGAGGUGUUUUCUUAUUCUUGUUCUUGGUUUUAUUAUUAUGCUGUGCUUGUUGCUGUCGGACAAAAAGGAAAAAUAAAGGACAAAAUGGCAAUGGAGGAGUUCCAAGUCAUCAGAUGUCUGCUCCACCAAGCAUUGUUAAUAGUGCUGGGAACUCUACUUACUACCGAAAGUUAAAUGGAACAUCAACGCCUAUAUUAGGCCGAGGAGGAGGUGGUCCUAUGGAAAUGACUUCUCUUCUACCCGGAAACCAAUUAGUAAUAUCUCCACCGUAUGGGGAUCCUCCAUUUUGUGCUCCACCUGAGAUUCCAGUCCAGGAACCAUAUCACAUUUUGGAAAUAGCUAGUAGCCAGUUGAAAGUUUGUGACCUAAUCGGACAGUUCGGAAUGGUUCACACAGGUCUCUGGACAGGAGGACUGAUUAGUGGAGAGCCUCUACAAGUAGCCAUCAAAACUUGCCGACCUGAUGCCACCAAUGCCGAAAAGGCAAGCUUAGAGGAAGAAGUUCGCACUGUAGCCUCUUUUGAUCAUCCUCACGUAAUCCGUUUAUUAGGUGUUUGUUAUAUGGAUGGUGGUCGGCUAACUGCUGUGUUUGAGUAUAUGGUUCAUGGAGAUCUCCAUGAUUUCCUCCGCCUCCGAGCUCCUUCCAACUAUGAGGAGAUCGGAAUCAGUGGUGAUAACGAUGACUUCAUGAGAAUCGCUACUCAAAUAGCUUAUGGAAUGGAAUAUCUCUCGUCAAUGAACUAUGUUCAUCGAGAUUUAGCAACUAGAAACUGCCUCGUUGGAGAUAGCCGAGUCAUAAAAAUUGCGGAUUUCGGGUUGAUGAGAGCUUGCUAUGACAACGAUUAUUACAAGAUGUUGCACCGCUCAUGGAUGCCCGUCAGAUGGAUGUCCAAAGAAGCAUUAGAACAAGGUCGGUUCAGCCAGGCAUCGGAUGUCUGGUCGUUCGGCGUUACCCUUUGGGAGAUUUGGAGCUAUGGACGACAACCUUAUGAGGGAGCAACCAACCAACAAGUUAUCGAAUUGAUUGCCGGAAGACAUUUGCUUGAAUGUCCUCAUGGAUGUCCAACAAACAUCUACAGUUUGAUGGUUGAAUGCUGGCACGAACAUCCAGACCGAAGACCUAGUUUCUCUGAGAUCCAUAGCCGACUUCAGUCGUGGGCUUUGGCCAGUCCAAGCCAUUCCAUCUUACAUCCACAGAAGAAUUCUAACAGUAGCCAGAGUGGCUCAAGUCUAUCAGGCGCUGGUCGCGGUGGACUUCCUCAGAAGCCAUUGGCUUCAAUGACUAGAGCCGCAUACCCUCAAAGAGGUCGACGAACAGAGGAUGCUAGUCCUUUGAUGGGUCGAGAAGCCAACUAUGCAUACAGUGAAGAUGGAGAUUCCUAUUGA